CGGUGGUGGCGGCGGCGUCUGCUGCUUCUUGCUGUCGAAGAGGGUGGGGGAGCGCGGCAGCGGCAGCGGGCUACGCAAGUUCCGCGGGGGCUCCCCUCUCCUCGCCGGCGGCGUCUCCUCGCUCUCGCGCGGCGCGGGGCCGUCUCCCGGCGGCGACUCUUCCGGCCGAGCGCGCCGAGUGCGGUUCUGAGGGGAGCCGCAUCGCCCCAGCCUCGGGGCCGCCCUGCCGCCGCCUCGCUUGGGUGGCGGGUGCCGUUCUCACCCGAAGCUCCGUCCCCAGCUCCAUGAAUGGAAAUCGGCUCAGCAGGACCUGUUGGGGCCCAGCCCCUACUCAUGGUGCCCAGAAGACCUGGCUAUGGCACCAUGGGCAAACCCAUUAAACUGCUGGCUAACUGUUUUCAAGUUGAAAUCCCAAAGAUUGAUGUCUACCUCUAUGAGGUAGACAUUAAACCAGACAAGUGUCCUAGGAGAGUGAACAGGGAGGUAGUUGACUCAAUGGUUCAGCAUUUUAAAGUUACUAUAUUUGGAGACCGUAGACCAGUAUAUGAUGGAAAAAGAAGCCUUUACACAGCUAAUCCACUUCCUGUGGCAACUACUGGGGUAGAUUUAGAUGUUACAUUACCUGGGGAAGGUGGAAAAGAUCGACCUUUCAAGGUGUCAAUCAAAUUUGUCUCUCGGGUGAGUUGGCACCUACUGCAUGAAGUACUGACAGGACGGACCUUGCCUGAGCCACUGGAAUUAGACAAGCCAAUCAGCACUAACCCUGUCCAUGCCGUUGAUGUGGUGCUACGACAUCUGCCCUCCAUGAAAUACACACCUGUGGGGCGUUCCUUUUUCUCAGCUCCAGAAGGAUAUGACCACCCUCUGGGAGGGGGCAGGGAAGUAUGGUUUGGAUUCCAUCAAUCUGUUCGACCUGCCAUGUGGAAAAUGAUGCUUAAUAUUGACGGGUCUUGCUAUGUAUCCCAGGCUGGCUUCAAACUCAUAGUGAUCUUACUGCCUCAGCCUCCCGAGUGCUGGGAUUACAGAAAGAGACCUCUGGCAGCAGUGUGGAAAAUAGAUAGAGGAGAAAAAACUAAUCUGAGAAGCCAGUUAGGAGGCUUUUCAAUCACUAGUUCAGUUUCUGCCACUGCCUUCUACAAAGCACAACCUGUAAUUCAGUUCAUGUGUGAAGUUCUUGACAUUCAUAAUAUUGAUGAGCAACCAAGACCUCUGACUGAUUCUCAUCGGGUAAAAUUCACCAAAGAGAUAAAAGGUCUAAAAGUUGAAGUGACUCAUUGUGGAACAAUGAGACGGAAAUACCGCGUUUGUAAUGUAACAAGAAGGCCUGCCAGUCAUCAAACCUUUCCUUUACAGUUAGAAAAUGGCCAAACUGUGGAAAGAACAGUAGCACAGUACUUCAGAGAAAAGUAUACUCUUCAGCUGAAGUACCCACAUCUUCCCUGUCUGCAAGUGGGGCAGGAGCAGAAGCAUACCUACCUGCCACUAGAAGUCUGUAAUAUUGUGGCAGGGCAACGAUGUAUCAAAAAGCUAACAGACAAUCAAACUUCAACUAUGAUCAAGGCAACAGCAAGAUCUGCACCAGAUAGACAAGAGGAAAUUAGCAGAUUGGUAAGAAGUGCAAAUUAUGAAACAGAUCCAUUUGUUCAAGAGUUUCAAUUUAAAGUUCGGGAUGAAAUGGCUCAUGUAACCGGACGCGUGCUUCCAGCACCUAUGCUCCAGUAUGGAGGACGGAACCGAACAGUAGCAACACCAAGCCAUGGGGUGUGGGACAUGCGAGGAAAACAGUUCCACACAGGAGUUGAAAUCAAAAUGUGGGCCAUAGCAUGUUUUGCCACACAGAGGCAGUGCAGAGAAGAAAUAUUAAAGGGUUUCACGGACCAGCUGCGGAAGAUUUCCAAGGAUGCAGGCAUGCCAAUUCAGGGUCAGCCUUGUUUCUGCAAGUAUGCGCAGGGGGCAGAUAGCGUGGAGCCCAUGUUCCGGCAUCUCAAGAAUACAUAUUCUGGGCUGCAGCUCAUUAUUGUCAUCCUGCCAGGGAAAACGCCAGUAUAUGCAGAGGUAAAACGUGUAGGAGAUACACUUUUGGGUAUGGCUACUCAGUGUGUUCAAGUCAAGAAUGUAAUAAAAACAUCUCCUCAAACUCUCUCAAAUUUGUGCCUAAAGAUAAAUGUUAAACUCGGAGGGAUCAAUAAUAUUCUUGUACCUCAUCAAAGACCUUCUGUGUUCCAGCAACCAGUGAUAUUUUUGGGAGCAGAUGUCACUCAUCCUCCUGCUGGCGAUGGAAAGAAGCCUUCAAUUGCUGCUGUUGUAGGUAGUAUGGAUGCCCACCCAAGCAGAUACUGUGCCACAGUCAGAGUUCAAAGACCCCGACAGGAGAUCAUACAGGACUUGGCCUCCAUGGUCCGGGAACUUCUCAUUCAAUUUUACAAGUCAACUCGGUUCAAACCUACUCGUAUCAUCUUUUAUCGGGACGGUGUUUCAGAGGGACAGUUUAGACAGGUAUUAUAUUAUGAACUACUAGCAAUUCGAGAAGCCUGCAUCAGUUUGGAGAAAGACUAUCAACCUGGAAUAACCUACAUUGUGGUUCAGAAAAGACAUCAUACUCGAUUAUUUUGUGCUGAUAGAACCGAAAGGGUUGGAAGAAGUGGCAAUAUCCCAGCUGGAACAACAGUUGAUACGGACAUUACGCAUCCAUAUGAAUUUGAUUUUUACCUUUGUAGCCAUGCUGGAAUACAGGGUACCAGCCGUCCUUCACACUAUCAUGUUUUAUGGGACGAUAACUGCUUUACUGCGGAUGAACUUCAACUACUAACUUACCAGCUCUGCCAUACUUAUGUACGCUGUACACGAUCUGUUUCUAUACCUGCACCAGCAUAUUAUGCUCAUCUGGUGGCAUUCAGAGCCAGAUACCAUCUUGUGGACAAAGAACAUGACAGUGCUGAAGGAAGCCACGUUUCAGGACAGAGCAAUGGGCGAGACCCACAAGCCCUUGCCAAGGCUGUACAGAUUCACCAAGAUACCUUACGCACAAUGUACUUUGCUUAACAAGUCCAAGUGUGUUUUAUAAGAGGAAGAACUGAAAGAUGAAUCAGCAUACAACGUAUGUUUCCAGUAGUCAGUUGAGUAGACGGGCCUCCAGCCAUACAGAAGCCAGCACUGUGUGGGAGCCUGGUCCUUAUAUUGACACAAGGAAGACUGUUUACUUCAUCAAGGAACGCAGCACCAUUAUGCAAUAUGAAACCAGCCAGCUGCUUUUUGUGCGAUCUCCUGUAGGAAGUAUCGCGGUUGUUUUGUUUUUUCUUCUUAGUCUAACCCUUUUAAUGCCUUUACCUCAAGUUGCUUGGCAGCACAACUAUCUUUGCAAAAAAAGUUAAGCAAAAGUAAAUGAUGGUUUAAAAAACACACCUACACAAAUAAUCAAAGUGAUUGUUCAAAUUAUGUGUGCAAAAAAUUAAUGUGCAUUCAUAUAUUCUUGUAAAAGGAGUCUUUUUAAAUACAUACAUGCAGACUUCGUAUGCAUAUAUAUCUGAAUCUAGAUUGAUAAUAGAUAUAUAUGUGUCUGUGUAUAUAUUUUAUGGUCCAUUCCAUUAGGGAAUUUUCUUUCCCUUUUAUUCUCUGCUCACUACCAUCUUUAUUUCUCUAACUCCCUACCUUGGUCAUCUACAUUUUAUUCCUAAAGCUACCAGUGACAUUCAAAUGUUUAUACAUGUGAUUCAUUUGAAUGUGAUGCAUGGCAAACUAGAUUUCUAUUUUUAUUUUGCACACUUUGCUGUUAUCUGCUAUUUCAUACACAAUUCUGGGUCCUCAACUCUUGAUACUGCUUUUUGUGUAUUCCUCCUGCCCUGAAAUUAUAUUUGCCAUUUGUGCAAUGUGUACAUAAACAGUAGCAACCUAUUCCUUUUCUUUAGUGAGUCUGUUGAAGCUGCUAUAAAUACAAAACCUUGUGAGAAGUUCUAACCCUUUCUCUCUGAUAUGUGAUGUGUAUUCUAAAGCCUUCUUUUCUGUAAGUUACACAUAAAGUAAAUAUUUUAAAGGAUUGAAACUCUGUAGGGUUGAGCCCUCUGCAGUUGGGUGGAGAGAGAGAGAAAGGCUUAUGGGGGGAUUGGUUUUUGCUAGUUUACUUGCUGCCUCUCAUACUUUAAUGUGAUUUUCAUAUAUAUAUUUUUAUAUAUGUAUGUGUUUAUAUAUAAACAUAUAUGUAUGUGUUUUGAAAUAUAGCUUCCUUUUCUUUUAUAUUUAUUAGGAUAGUGCUUUAAUAAUUAUAGAAUUGUAUUGGCAACAUCUUUUAUAGAAAUAUAAUCAUUUUAUUUUAAGAACUUACAACUUGUUUUUGCUAUCUUUUAGUGCAAUAAGCAGUUUUAAAGGAAAAUGUGUCUGUUUGACACCAUUACAACGGAUAGUAGGAGAAACAGGAACCUCCAUUGUUUUAAAAUGGCAAAGUAAUACAGCCUUAAUUUCAGGAGGAAAGUUUCAUAAUUUUGAACUUUAAUGCAUGUCUUUUAAAAAUCAUAAUGAAAAUGAGGUAAAAUUGCUUAGAUGAGUCUGACUUUCAGUACUUAGAAAUAUUUGCUUUAAGAAAUGACAGAUACAAGUUUUUAAAUUAUUUAAAAGUAGAUUAUUAUUGAAGAAUAAUACUGGAUAGGUGCCCAAUUUCAUUUUUUAAAAUGAAUCAAAAAAUACAGGAUUUUUUUCCUGGUUUACCACAAAUAUAACUUGCUUUUUAAAAUUAAGGUGAAAGGGUGUUGAGACUUUGAUCAUUUUAAAUGAGUUCAAACACUGAAAUCUGAGGAAAACUUUUUACAAAACUUUCAUUUUAUUGAUUUCACUUUAAGAUAUUAAAAUGUACUAUAAAGCUGUCAAAACAUGGUUUAUCAGUAACAUUGGAAUCAGGGGAACUUUGUAAUUCAUGAAAAUACAUUUUGGAGGUUUUGUUUGAUUUUUCUUUUUAGGGGUUGGGGGAUGAAGUUUUUUGUUUUACACUGGUUCAAAGUAUAAAUAAUACAGACUGUUUCCAGUGGGCAUUGUUAGCUUUUCAGAAUUCCUUCUGUACCUAAAAACUAAUGGAUUUAGACCUUUAGUUUCUCUCUUAACUUCAAUACGCUAUUAUUGCCAAUUUACUGUAUUUUGAGCCUAAAAUUUGAGCCCAUGUCCUCCAACAGGCAUGAUAUCUUUUGUCCCUUUGCCAGAAAACUUUAAAAAGUACUGUAUUUUGUAUGUUUAUUAUUUUGAAGUAUCUGAAAUGCAAUUUACAACACUGUUUCAAAGCACUUUACAUAGGAUAAUAUUUGUAUAGUAUAUACAUUUAUUUUCUCAAGCCUUCUCCCAUCUCCCACUAAAAAAUUCCUUUGAAACAUGUUUUACUUUUUUAUUUUGUUUUGUUUAGGGGAGAUUUUGGUGUUCUGUUUUGGUUUUUGAGACAGGGUCUUACUAUGUUGCUCAGAAUGGUUUCAAACUUCUGGGUACAAAUGAUCCUCCCACUUCAGCCUCUCCAGUAGCUGGUACUACAGAUACAUACCACCAUACCCAGCUAUGUUUGGUUGUUUUGUUUUAUUUUGGUACUGGAAUUUGAACUCAGGACCUUGUGCUUGCCACACAGGCGCUGUGCCACUGAGCUAUAUAUAUCCCGGUCCUAUGUUUGUUUUGAAUAUGGGCAAGAAAAGAAAGCAGUGUGUCAUAGAUAGUAAACUGUUGAUUGAUAUCUGCUUGCUCUGUAUAAAUAAAACAUCUUCUGUUAUCUAUUGUAACUGCACAAAUUCAUGUGGGAAACUCUUAAUAAGCAACAGUGGAUGCUGUGGCCCUAGUUACUGUUUUACCUAUUUCUAGUUACUUAGUCUCACAUAUGUAAAGCCCUUAGUUUAAAUCUAUUUGGAAGGACAUUUUUUUUUUUUUUUUUUUUUUUUGUCUUUUUCCUUUUUAUCUGUACCAGGGAUCAAACUCAUGACUGCCUGCUUGCAAGGCGGCGCUUAUGCCGCUGAGCUAAAUCCCCAGCCCUGGAAGGACAUUUAAAAAGCAAAAAUAAUUUUUUCUAAAAUAUAAAACUUUACCUUGUAAGUGAUUUCUUUUUUGUAAAGUGUUUUUACACUAUUCAGCAUUGCUAGUUUAUGGUUGCUUAACUUGGAAGAAUAUAUAUAGUGGAUUUCUGCUUUGCUUACAAACAUGUUGAUUUACCAAAUUUUAAUUGUAAGAAACCUUGUACUUAGAAUAUUAAGAUAAAAGGCUAAGUACUUCUUAGAAAUUUAUUCUGUUUUUGUACUUCUGAGUAGAAUUCCUGAACUUUUUUUAUUUAAAAACUUGAUUUUGUUGUUAUUUUUCUAUUUUAUUUAAGCAUCAUAAAACUCAAGAGAUUUUUCUAUAGCUAUCCUUGCCCUGUGUAACUAUAUGAGGAAUGCUAAAUUUUGGCCUCAUGUUUUCUUUCAAAUAUUAGUUUCAGCAACUAGUAUAAUUGAUUUCACGUGAAGAAGAGUUGGGCAUUUGGGCUAGGGCUAUAGCUCAUUGACAAAGCAUUUACCUUGCAUGUGUGAGGCCCUGAGUUUCAUCCCAGCACUGUAAAAAAAGAAAAGUUGGGAGUUUAAUAUGUAUCCUUGAUGGUAAAUAUGUCUGUGUAAAGUGCUAAUAUGUGUAAUUAUAUUACAGUAUCAAGUUACUGGCAUUGAGGACCAUACAUUUAUAGUACCAUAGCUGCUAUAUUUAUUUAAGUAGAGUCUGACAAUUACUGCACUAAAUUAUAAGGAUUCAAGGCUAGUGUUAGACCCUUUUUGUCAUUUUUCUGAAUAAGUGUCAGGACAUGAUAUACUAAGGUGAUAAAGAGUGAUACCAUUUUGGUUUCAAUUUAAUCUUUGUGUUAGAAAUGUAAAUUUCUUACUUUUACAGUUUAAAAAAGAGUUCCUCAACCUCCUCAGUACUGGUUUUUGGCACAUUUUCACAGAAAUACAAAUGUCUUUUCUUUUUUAAUAAUUAAUUCUUUAACAAAUGUUUUGGAAAAACUAGGGUAUGGAAAUGGGCCUGUAUAUAAUCUAUUAAUUUACUUCUCUUAUAGAGCGAUUCUGGUAGGAAUGUCCUGGGUGUUUUGGAAGACCCUUCGUAUGAACUCAACAGGGGCAACGUUCUAAGAUCAGGACUAGUUUUCCAAGCUUAGUUCUCCAUGACCACCACAGCCUAAGAUUAACUUGAGUCAUGCUAAGACUUAAGAUAUGUCUAGGGAAAUAACAGCUGAGCUACCACGCAGUAGAAAGAGCUGGCAGGUGAUCUCUGUCAGAGGAAAGGGUGAGCACUCCUGGUCAGGAUUAGGGCAAAAGCCCAGAAUUAGAGACUUAUCCCAGAAAACUGUGGUGACAGUUUUCCGAGAUUUGCGUGACUUUUCCAAAGGCAGUGGUUUUUAUAACAUUUAGGAAGCUAACCACUUGAACAUGUCUAGAGUAUUUUGUAGUUUUUCUAUUUCAAAAUUGAGGUAAUGUUUUGCCAAAUUCAACUGAUAACUGCAUAACUUUCACUCAGUAUCAUUAAAUCAAUUAAAUGUUUGCUUAACUCAUCCUUUUAGAUUUUUACCUAUUGAAGAGAAAGACUACUUUAACAGUUCCUUGCUACUUAAAUUAUCUUUUAUACAUUCAUUCAAACUAUAAAAAGAUACCAACCAGUCCAGCAUCUUUAUUUUGGCUUUUUUAUUCAUUUGAAAUAUAUGUCCUUUUCAUUCUUUUUGAAAAUUUGUGGAUGGUUUAAAAUCUCAAUAAUAAUAGUUUGGAAACUGAUACCAUGUAACGCCUUCCUGAGUGGCAGUAUAACCCUGAUUAGGGGGAUGUCUUUGUUUUUCUAUUUCCCUUGUAUUUGAGGUUGUAAAGAAAGCAUUUUUGUGAUUCUAUAGAGGUCAAAAAAUAAUCUAAGAAUAAGUAUGUAAGAAUCAGUACAGAAAUCAAAGAAUUUUCUCCAAAAACAUUGUUUUAUGUUUAUGCUUAUACUAAGAAGUCUUCAGUGACAGUGAUGAAAAGGAUCCUGUGAUUAAAUGAAAGCCAAGCUGAGUCCCGGAGGGGGAGGGAAAAUACUCAUUUGUAUGUAUGUAUGUAUGUAACAUACACAUACAUAAUUGGUUAACUAUAUGUCUAUGUUACAUAUGAAAAGGAAAAUACUGUUUUUUCCUACUUUUAAAAAUGGUACAUUUAAGCUUAUAAUUUUAGUCUGAAUAAUUUUUUAAUAAUCAAGGCUUGUGCUGAUAGCCACUGCUAGUUUAAUUGUUUUACUUUACCCACCAAAAACAAUGCUUUAGAUUUUUACAUUGUUGACUAGAUCUCAAGAAUCUUUUAUUCUUUUAAGUAUGAAAGUUAAAGAUUUUAAUUUAAAGAUGUAUAAAAAAUUUAAUAUGGUGGGUUGAGAUAAAAAAAAAAAACCCUGUUGAAGUAUCAGAUAACAAUGUGACAGAAUUAAAAUGUUUUUAAAGCAUCAAUCCAGCCAUUGGGCUCCCUUCCCUUUUAAAACCAACAUCUGAAGUAACCAAAAUCUAAUGUUAUAUUCUCUAUGGUAGGGUCUCAGUAAAGCAAAGAGUAGCCUCUAAAUUAAAUUUUUAAAACAUUUUUUAAAGCAAGGUGGUUUUUAGAAAGUGCCUUUUCAGAAGAUGGUGCUGUAGAUUUUUUAUUUUUCAAAUAGUGUGAGGCAAAAAAUUUUAAAGGUAAAUUAUUUUAGAAUUCCAAGAGCGUGACAGUUUCAUAUAAAUAAUGUUGUUUGUUGUCCUGAGUCUGGUCAAGGGAACCAAUGAAAGCUUUUAUGUAGUGAAGAAUCCAGGUAAAUGCUCACCAAAUUUAUUUUGUAAAAUUUAGUGUAUGUGCUGUAGAAACGAGCACUAUUUUGUAAAUUUGAAAAAUUUUUUUCUGUACUAGGGAUUGAACCCAAUGCUAUAUGCAUACUAAGCAAGUAAUCUACCACUAAGCUAUAUUCUCGGCCCUGAAAGCAAAAAUUUUGACAGUUAAACCUUUUGAUUUUCUGCUAUGUUAGAGGUAUUCUAUAAGGCAGACUAUAAUGAACAUAAAAUAGCAAUUCCACUUACUUUUUUAACAGUAUAGUUGCUAGUAGUAACAGAUGUCUCAAGGGAAAGUAUCUUACAGGAAUUGUAUUGUUCUUUGUUAAUUGUUUGUUUGUUUUUAGCAUAGAUUGCCCCAGGCCUAGCCUUUUCUAAUUAGUCAUUAGUAAGGAAGAGUUUUAAUAAAGGGAGAGCUAAAUUCAUUGAGUUUAUAAGAGAACACAAAGAAUUUUUCAAAUCUUCGGGGCAAUUUUCUUUUUUUAGACACUGAAGAAUGUUUUAAAUGGUUAUUUUCCUUUGUGAGGGAACAAUGAAAAAUAAAAAUGCAUUUAAAAGGGCAUCAUCAGCUAAUUAAAAAUAGAAUAUAGGACUGGGGAUAUGGCUCAGUGGUAGAGUUGAUGCUUUGCAUGUUCAAGGCCCCAGAUUCAGUCCUUAUAACUGAAAGAGAGAAAAUAUGCAGUUUUUGACUUUGGAAAAGAUAAGUAAAAGAAAAGAAUAUAGAACCAGUCAUACUUAGCAGAAAUUUAGUUAUCUACCAGAAAGAAAUUUUCCCCUGUAGGAGGAAGCAGUAAACAUCAGUAAAUGAUCACUUAACCAGUCCUUGCUUGUAAGUUUGGUGAGCAUUACUCCAGAAAAUAGACUAUAAAGCAAAAACACCACACCUCAGUAACUUUGUAUGCUGCAUUAUGUGAUGAUAGUAAAACUAUAUUGAUUGUUGGGAGUGUACUAUGUCUGUUUGCAAUUAUACAUGCACAUUAAACUUUUUCAUAAUGUCUUAAUAGCAAUUGAGUUUAUUUUUUUGGUUAAUUUUUCAAUUGUGAUGUUUAUAUUUAUUGGCAGUUUGUGUGCAACUUUUAUAUUUUGCUUAGAUGUUGGUUUUAAGGUAUUUUAUUUUUGUAGGUAUUUCUAGCUUUUCUUCUUUCUUUGUUAAUAUUUUCAAAAAUUAAGAUGGUAUGUUAACAUACCAAACAAACUACUAACUCCGUAAAGUGUAGAGUAUGGAUUUUUACCAAUAAACUGUUAACACUAUUUUCUACCUUAGGAUAUUUAAUGUUGUUUAUAUAGUGGGCAUUAAAGAAAGUCUUUAGACAGAUUUCUACAUACAGAGGGGAGUGGGGCUUUUCUAUAAGUUGUAUCUUUUACUCCUUCAUUAACAAACUAACACACAUUGAAUUUAUUUUACCCGAUUGCAGUUUCGGGGGAAAUUAUUAAGUAAGUGAUAUAUUACAUUUCUGUUUUAACUUUAAUAUACUGUUACAGCAUUAGGGUUAUAACAUUUUUAUAGGCCAAGAAAAGAAAUAGCAAAUGACCCAGAAGUCAUUGAUAAUUGACUUUGAAUUGGGAUUUUUCUUCAAAAUUACAUAACAGAUUUGCUACCCUGAACUUUUCCUAGCAUACUUUUAAAGUUGAUUCAAUCUCUGAGUAGAGUAUUUCAGCACAUUAAACUUUUAACUAGUAAUAAUUUAUGAAUGUGAGCUAAUUAGGAGGUAGUGAGAAGUAUGAUUAUAGAAUAUUAAUUUCAAGUAUAUAUAGUCACUGCAGUUUCCUAGCAGUUAUCAAGAUUAUUUGUAUUAGCACAUUGACUUUGUUGGUAAAGUUACCUGAAAUAGUAUAUCCCCUUAAAACGAUAAAAUAUUUCCAUUUUAUUUUUACAUUAUACAUUUCCUUUUGCCUGUAAUCCCAGCGUGUGGGAGGCCGAAGAGCAAAACCCUGUCUCAAAAACCUGAAAAAAAGAAAAAAAGUCUCAGGAAUUUUUUUCCAGUUAGAAAUUAAAAGAUAGCUUUUGGGCUAGGGUAGGGGAGCAGGUAGCUCAGUGGUAGAGCACUUGCCUAGCAUUUACAAGACCCUGAGAUCAAUCCAUUACCAACACACAUGCAAAGGUAACUUUAUUCAUUUGUGUGUGUGUGUGAGUGUGUGUGUGUGUCUUUUUUUUUUGAAACAGGGUCUCACUGUGCGGUUCAGACUGGCCUUGAGCUCACUUUGUAUCCCAGGCUAUUCUCAAACUUGCAACAAUCCUUCUGCCUCAGCCUCCCAAGUACUGGGAUUACAGGUGUGCAUCACCAUGCCCAGCCACUUUUAAGUAACUUUUACCUCAUUUUCUUGUGUUUUUAAAUUCCAAAUUAUUGAGAUUAAAUAUAUAGUAUUUUACUGUACUUAAUCCUGGUCUUCCACAAGAGGGAGGGAAAUGAAUAAGUUCUAAUUGUAAGUGGGGUUUUUGUUUUUGUUUUUUGAGGCACGGUCUCACUGUAGUUCAGGCUGGCCUUGAACUCAAAAUGAUUCUCCUUAAUCUUCCAAGUACUGGGAUUACUGGCGUGUGCCACCAUACCUGGUAAAAUUCUUAUUUUCCUAUUAUGUAAAAUUUUACAGUUUAAAAUGAAUCAGUAUGAUUUUAUGUAGACAUUAGCCAUAUCGUUUCUUUCUACAUAUUUUUCAACUACAUAAUUUGCUUUAUAAUAUACUAUUCUGAGUUUUCUUUACCAAGUAGUUUUCCACACCAAGUAGUCCUGAAGGUUGGUUCUCUGAUUAUAGGAAUUAGUUACAACUAAGUAAAAACUAGAUAUAUUUCAACAUAUUUUUGAUGCAAGUAUAUGUCCUCUUUUUAAGGAUACUUACUGUACUAUAACUUUAUUUUAUUCAUUAUAUUUCAAUAUUAUCCUAGAUUGAAUGCAUAUAAUUCUUGUAGAUCAGCUUUAUAUUGUGCUGGGGCUUGAACCCAUGCAAGAUGAGUACUCUAAAGUUAUAUCCCCAGAAUUUUUACUUUAUUUUGAGGUAUUGCCUCACUGAAUUCCCCAGGCUGAUCUCCAAACUUGUGAUCCUCCUGUCUCAGCCACCUGAUUUUAAGCAUAUGAUACUCACAUGGCAAAACCAAUAUUUUUAAGCAUCCCUACGGACCUGUGUUUUCUUUGUUACUUCUGAAAGCUGAUGAGAACCUGGUACAGAGUUUAACUGAUUGGUUCCACAAAUCCAGAUACUUGGCAUUAGUAAUACAUUAACAUGGUGACAUACUGGGUGGUUUGUAUAUGUUUAUAGCCCACCACUUCAGAAAGAAUUAAUUGUGCCGUAAAUCAUAGGUCAUCCCCAAAAGAGAACUCAUCAUGAACAAUCCUAGAAGUAGAAAACAUGAAAAAGUUGGUUAUCAAAACUUCACGUUUGUUUAUUCUUUCUAAAACCUGACAUCUGUAACCUUACGUUUGAAGAGCCUGGAUCAUCCACUAGUGAGGGAGUUCACCAUGCCUAAAACUUACUUUAUUUCCUGACUUUUGAUUAGCAGAAUGAACAAACAAUAGUUCCUGAAUUUAACCCUUUAAAGUCCUUUUAGAGCCAGAAAAGAAAAAACUGCAAAAAUAAUGCAUAUGUGACUCUGCCUUUACUAUAGGAAUCUGUGAGACAAGACUAAGUGAGUAGGACUGAGAGUGUAUAAUGAGAAGAAAAUGAGGCUAAGAUUUCUUAUGUCACAACCACAUAGUAAGAGCUGUUGUUACUAUGUAAAGCAAUAGAAAGAGACCCAGACUGCCUCUGUGAUCUAAACCUGUGUUAAGUGGUUAUACUGGUACAGAGCAGUUUUCUUUUCUCAGCAAAUGGAGAAGUCUUUGAAAUUGUUUCUGAAUUAUAAUUUUAAAAAUUAAUGGAGCAAGGGCUAGGGAUGUAGCUCAGCAGUGCAGCACCUGCCUGGCAAGCACAAGGCGCUGAAUUCAAUUCCCAGUACUAAAAAAAAAAAAGUAUAAAAUAAAAUUAAAGGGCAUAGUAGUGCAGACCUAUAAUCCCAGUUACUCAGGGGAAUAAGGCAGAAGGACUCCAAAUUCAAGGCCACCCUGAGCAACUUAAUGAGACCUCUCUCAAAAUAGAAAAACGGGCUGAAUGUGGUCAGUAGUAGAGCACAUGCUUGAGGCUCUGGGUUCAUCCACAGUGCCAUCAAAGAAAAAAAAAUCAAUAGAAUAUCUUAAAAAUAGAAUCAUGACAUUACUAUUAACAUAGCUUUUCCAGUUUUCUCCUUUCUUAGAAAACAAGCUGGGCCUUUCCAGAUGAGACAGAAUACAAGAAAAACAAAAAUCAUUUUUAGUGAAGGUUUUGAGGAAUUCUGGCAUAGAUACUUAUAUCUGAUUAACAUAGUUUGAUCCCAGGGAACUGAGAAGAAACUUUAGUUUUAGUAGCAACACACCUUUGAUAGUAGUUCAUUGCAGUUAUCUCCCUGUUUCACAGACAGGUACUAAGCUCAUAGUGAUAGUGACCUUGCAUGGUACUUUUAAAAUUCAAAUUUUGCCAAGAACUUGAGGGGCUAGAGGUAUGACUCGGUGGUAAAGCUCUAAGAGCACGUGCUUAUAGCAAGAACCUGAGUUGGAUCCUGAACACCCCAAAUAGUAAAAAACCAGGAACAUCAAGCAGUAAUUAAAAAUCUAAUAAUUGUUGCUAUAUAGAAGUCUCAAAAUUUUCCGGGAGCUUUUCCGUUUCUUAGCCCGCCCUUUACCCUCCUUUCUUAAAAAGAGGGGGAGAAUUUAGAGGCAGCUUUAUAGCAUUUAAGGUAGGUAAAUAACAGUCUUUAAAUACAGAGCCAAGGAGGAUUAUAUGCCAGAAGUUAAGUAUGUGCCACCAUCCUUUUGUGAUAGUGUUUUAUGCCAUUCAUGAAUCAAAAUCCUUUGUCGUCACACACAGAAUUAAAAAUAAAAGGGGCAAAAUUGAGACAAAAUGAGAAUCAUCAACAUGUAACUGUAGUUAAUGCAAAUGAAAUCCUAAUUUAAUCAAGUGAGAAAAAGUUGAAUGUGUUAAAUGUGCAGAUAUUAUGUCUACCUAUAGAAUUUUUUGCUAGCUGUAGAGUGAUAGUGUAAACAGAAUAUGUAUCCUGAUUUUUUUUUCCUUGAUGGACACAUGAUGAAAUCAAAUCUAUGACCUCACACAUGCUAGGCAAGAGCUCUUUUUUUGUUUUCUAUUCUUUUUGUUUGUUUGUUUUUGGUGCUGGGGAUCAAAUUCACCUUGAUUGACCUUGUAUUUGUUUACACCACUGAGCUAAAUCCCCAGCCUGGUAGGCAAGAGCUCUUAUACUGAGUUACAAACUUUGUUUCAUCUGGUUUUGGGGGAGGGGUGGUUUUUGUUUUUGUUUUUGAGGUAAGUUUCGUGUAAUGUAGGCUAGCCAUGAAAUCUGUGUAGCCCAGGCUGGCCUCCAACUGGUGGUGCUCCUGCCUCAACCUGAGUGCCGGGAUUAUAGGCACGUGCCACCAUACCCAAAAUUAUUCCUGAAAGUAAUAGUUCAGCUGUCUGCAACACAGAUCCCUGUAUUCUUAACUAGAUUUAAUAUAUACUUAUUUUAAUAAAUUCCACUCCAGUUUAUACUUUUUUUUUUUUUUUUUUUUUUUUUUUUUUUUUUUUGAGACAAGGUCUCAGUAUGCAGUUCAGGCUGGGCUUGAGCUCACUUUGUAGCCCAGGCUGACCUUGCGACAAUGCUCCUGCCUCAGCCUCCCAAGUGCUGGGAUUACAGGCAUGUGCCACCAUACCCGGCAUCUGGUUUAUACAUGUUUCUUUUAUUCAGGCACAUGCCUUUUUACAUAUAAAACAUAUAUUGAAUGAAUUAAUACUUAGAUAUUCUUUCCCCUUUAUAUAUAUAGUCUCACUUUGGUUUUAUAGCUAUAUCUGACAUCUGAUUUCUCAAUUAUACACAAGAAUAAUUUUAACUCAGCUUGUAUCCUAGCUCAUAUCUUUCUGCAAUGUGAGGGAGAAGACUUACAAAGUUUUCAAAUGCAGGAACUUUUAAAAAAUGAUCACAACUGAACAAAGGACUGAGAUCUUAUGCCUCUGAGAGUAGAAAAGGUUUUAGAACUCGAGCCAGAAGCUUGAGACUGGUCCUAGCUCUACCACUGAUUUGCUCUCCUUAGGCAAUUUCCUUCAUUUCCUUGUGCCUGUCUCCCCUUAUAGGUGGAAAUGAUAAUAACUGCCCUCGCUAACUGCCUACCUCGCUAAAUUAUUGUGAGAGUAAGAUGCUUGUGGGAGUGCUAGAGUUCUCCAAAGGAAUAGCUGUCAGAAGUUCAGGAUAAUUGAAUAGUGUAGCGUGAAGUGUUGCUUUUCAGUUUGACUGUGAAAGCGUCUUCAGUUACUGUAAAUGGUUUUAUGAGCCAAGUGUACAUGAAGCAUGGGCCUUACAGUAUGGUGUUCCCUUACAAACACGUCCUGUCUUGUGUCUUCCCUGCCAGAGAUCCAGCACGUAGACUGAUUUUUUUUAAUAAUCUGUAACAAAAGGAUAACUUCAAAAACCAAACUCUGUAUAGCGGUGCUGUGGCAGCUGCGGCUGUAUUUUGAGUUACUGUGGUGAAGCAUCAGAUGCUAACUUCACCUGUUGUCUUCUGGCACGUCUACAUGUUGGCCUCAGAGGCUGUUAGAACAACAGAUAGUUAUCCCUUUGUUUCUUGGCAAAUCUUUGGUACCUAAUUCGUUGGAGUAGAGAGUUGGUUUUAAGAAGGAAAGUAUUUUAUUAAUCAAUUUGCAGAAUUGGAUUUAGCUUUAUUUUAAAAAUUCCAAUCACUUGUAUCUAUAAUGUUAAAAUAUAGGGAAGGUUAUUUUCUUGUUAAUUGAGUUCUGAGUGCCUAAGGUGGUAUAAAAGGUCUGACCCAGUAAAUCUUUUGGUCAAGGCCUUAAAUUUCAACAGAUUUAUACAUUUGUAGGGGCAGGAGGGACUGUUUCUAAGAAAUUACAAAGGCCACAUUGCCACAAGUAGAAGUACUUCCUUUUUGCACCAGUUUGUAUUUUUGUUUGUUUGUUUUAAAGAAAAAAGGAUGCAGAACUGGAAGUAUAGCUCAAUGGUAGAGCACUUUGCAAACAUGUGUAAGACCGGGGUUCAAUGCCAGCACUGAAAAAAUUAAGCCAUCUCCUAAGAAAAAUGAUAUAAUUUAGGUACACAGGGUAUGAAUGCAUUCAGUAUUAUUCGUAUCUCUGUAGAUGCUGAACUUCCCUGAUUGCAGGCAGUUGGGCUUUUCCAACUCAUUGGUAGCACAGGUGGUAUAUGUGAUUAUUUUUAUAGGACAGUAAGAUGUGAAAUAUUGAAGAUGAAAAGUUGGGGAGAUUGAUGCUUGAAAAAUGAACAAAAAGUCCAUCUUGUGCAGUGAGGUAGCCAACACUGAUAAAUCAGGAAUACAGUUAAACACUUUUCCUGUAAUGUGUAGCUUUAAUGUCUCUCCAGUUAUGGACCCGUAUAAGUAUUACUAUAUGUUGUGAAUAAAGAUCAUCUGUGUAGACUAGUACCUAUCUGGAUGCACUCACAGACUGUGGGAAGCAGUGAUGUGUGUAUGGUUGUGUAUAUAUAAAUAUUUUAUAACACUGUAUUACUUAGGUUUAUACAGAAAAAAAUAAUGUGUUGUUUCUCUGGUGUUUGGGAGACUAAAAUUGCAGCAUGACCAUUCCAUUAUAAUCUGAUUACUCACUCUUAGAAAACACUUUUAUUAUACACAGUGCACACACAGAUGCACACCCCAAAGCAUUAUCAACUUCUCCCACUUUAGAUAACUGCUGCUUUUUUUAAAACCCUAAGUAAUGGAAGAAGAAAUAACAUAUUCUUUUUAAAGGAGCUUUUCUGAAGAGUAAACUGUAAAUACAGGUGUUGGAGGGUAGAACCAUCUGCAAAAUGUCCAGCAGAUGGACAAAUAGCCUUUCAAAUUUUACCUUUUAAAAAAUCAUCUUGACCGUGUGUGCCUAUUUGUAUUACAGAUGUGAACUAUUUUUGGGGGUGAUAAUAGUAUGUUUUGAAACCAAAUUAUUACAUAAAAUCAAUAAACCUCUUUCUCCAUUCUCUUUUUUCCACAUUAAGUAUUCUUGCCAAAUAUUUCUACUGAUACCAAGGCAAAAUGUUAGGACUUCCCAACUUCUUCCUCAUCUUCCCCUACCUAUCAUAGCUCUGUUUGGUGCCUGGCCUAGCCUUAUAUCUUUUUGCUGGCUUUUCUUAAGUAAGAGCAAUUACAAUAGUAAAGCGUCGGAAUGUUUAUGUGUAAGUCUUCUUUUUAAAUGUUUGGUUACACGGUAACAUCAGUUAAGACCAGGGAGUCAGACUACAGGAUCCUGCGGGACCAGAUGCAGGACACUAACCUUACUUGCCUUUUUUAUUUAGAGGGAUUUGUGGUGGGAGGACAGCAAGUCUGUGAUGCACAUGGAACCACUGUGUCAUUAGAAGCACCAAAUACUGAAUUCUAUCACUGUGUACUUGGGGCCUAGGCUUUGAAUUUGGUUAUUAUUUUAAUUUCUUGCGAAUUACAUGUAAUUAUGAUGAGCAGAAAGCAAAUAAAGUUUUUGAACAAAAGUGCUUUUUUUCAGUAUUUAAAGUCUGUUAGUAAAUUUUCUACUUUGAGUUAAACUAUUUUCCCCUUCAAAAAAAUUACAAAAACUAUGGGUGAGUUGAAAAGCUUGAGGAAGCUACUUCUAAAAGUUCAGCCAUGUGUAUUAUUUUAUGUUAAAGAAAUGGUCAUGAUUCUUUCUGAGCCAAACUGUCACUAAAAUGUCCUGUGACAGAACCACUCUUCUUUUUUCUGCCAUUCUGCAUAUUGAAAAGGUUCUGUGUUGUAUUUGUUUUUAAUCCUUGAUUGAAAAAAAGUUAAUGGUUUUAUUAUUGCUUAGCUUCAUUUUAAAGUGUAACUUCCACUAAUAACUGCAAUAAAAAGGAAAGCUUUGCUCCAGA